AUGGUUACAACGAAAACUCAAGAUGGGUUUACAUGGACGAGAGCGACUGGGGUGCGACUGGGCAAUUUGCAAUGCCGGGGCGUAAUGCAACCCCCCGAGAAAAGAGACGCACCUGCUGGUCAUAUCUACGAUGCUAUCGUCAUUGGGGCUGGGUAUACUGGUCUCAUGGCUGCCCGUGAAAUGACUGACCGUAGACUGUCAGUUUUGAUGCUCGAGGCCCGUGACCGAGUUGGCGGACGGACCUAUACUGUUGAAUCAGAUGGCAUUCUCUAUGAAAUGGGUGGGACAUGGGUGACGCACCACAUGGCAUACUUGUUCACCGAAAUGAUUCGAUAUGAGAUGGAUCGUGACCUUCUGAUUACACACCAUCGCGAGUAUGAGAACGACUACUACACGCUGAACGUUCCUGGCGCAAACCCCCGAAAGAUUACCCACGAGGAAGGGGGUCAGAUUGCUUCUCGAGCUUGGAAUAUUUUCGUGAACGUGGACGGGGCCAAUUGUCGACGCAUCUGCCCCCUUCCCCACGCAGCCUUGGACAAUGUUCUCGUCGACAGAAAGACGGUAGAGAGUUACGACAAAAUGUCCUGUCAGGACAGGUUUGAGGAAAUUAAGCACUUGCUGACGAACGAAGAAUCUGGCGUUCUUGUCGCCUUGCUGCUUCAUAUCUCAGGAGGAAGUAUGGAAAACACCAGUCUGUGGGAUAUGAUUCGCUCCCACGCACUCAUGUCAUACAGCACAGAUAACUUCGGCCCGAUUUGGACUACCUAUAAGCUCCGCGAAGGUCAAUCCGAAUUAGCACGGCGCAUGUUCCAAGACUCCGUAAAUCAUGGCUUGCACUAUGCAUUCAAAACACCUAUCCAGUCCAUCCACAACCACGAAGGCUUCUCCGAGGUCAAAGCAACUUCGGGGCUCUCAUUUCGGGCGCGACGUGUUGUAUGCACUAUUCCUCUCAAUGUACUACGCACGAUUCAAUUCAACCCCCCACUAUCAGCAGAGCGACAAGAAGCACUCAACAUUGGACAUGUGAAUUUCAUGACCAAGAUUCACGCCGAGGUGGCGGGGACCGGGCUGGCAUCCUGGAAUGGAAUGCGAUACCCGAAUAACUUGAUGUUCGGAUAUGGGGAUGGAAUCACUACCAAUGGCAAUGCUCAUAUUGUUGGUUUUGGAAAGAAUGAGGGGACCAAUUUCAUUCCUGAACGGGACCCUGAAGAAGCGGUCAAUGCCUUCCAGAAGCUACAUCCCAUGGAGGUGAAGAAAAUGAUCUUUCACAAUUGGGCGACUGACCCUUAUUCAAGAGGCGGACCUGCCUGGUGGUCCCCAGAGUAUAUGUCCAAAUACCAAGAUGUGUUACAGAGCCGCCAUGGAAAUGUUCUCUUUGCUUCCGCAGAUUGGGCCCAUGGCUGGAGAGCCGCUAUCGACGGUGCUUUGGAGCAAGGGGCAUUGGCGGCGAGGGAAAUUGCUGCGGAGAAAAUGGAGACAGAACAAAAGACGGUGAAGUCCAAGUUUUAG